UGAUAUCGGUGCUUGCUCAUGUCCUAUUGGAAUGUCUAGUGCCCCUUGCAAGCAUCAAGGAGCAGUCUCUGUAAAAUUUCAUCUUUCGAUAGUUAACUUCUUUCCAUCUUUGACACCGGAUGAUUGCAUGACCUACGCAUAUAUAGCACUUGGCGAUCAAGAAACUUUACAUAUGGAAAUGGAAAUAUCAAGCAAUUCUUUGAUUAUAGAGAAUAAAGAAACUGAGAAAUUUGAUAGUUCAGAAUUCACAUCACUUUUAGUUGUUAACUCUGAUUAUCAAAAUGGUGGAUCAACUUUACAUGCCACAUUAAAUAAAUUUAAGGAUCGUUAUAUCGCGGCAAGAACAAAAUCUAUCUCCCGAUUGUCUUCCUUUCUCUAUGAUAUUAAUCGCGAUUUAGAUCCAAUGGUUCAUGCCAAAAGUGACUCGCGCAUAAGGGUUCAAGUAGAAUCUAUCAGAAGACGGAAAACAGAAAUGGUAACCGCCUCUAAAAAUAAAGCCAAAGAAACUUUAGAUCCUCAAAAUAUUCCCGUCCGAAAAAAGAAAAAAAACGGGAAAAAAGCAUAA